AUGGACCCCAAGAUGUCUGAUAACUCGAGCAACCCAACUGUGCAGUUCAUUGAGCUCAGUCCUGAGAUAGUUUUACAGCCUCCACUCUCUCGCAAAGCCUUUAGCCUGAAUGUGGUCAGUCUGCGGGAAGCCGUCAAAGUCGCGAAGAAAGGGCUUGCAGAAUCUAUCCAUUGCAGGGUCUAUGGCACUCCAAAAGACUUUGCAACUGGAUUCAAAAUCUCUCUGCAGAAGAUAUUGACCGACGAAGAGGAUUUGGUUGCGGCGGUCUACCAUGCCCGCUGGGAGUUGAACCAUUCCACGAAUGGGAUCAUGCAUGUACCGGGUGCUGAAGGCAGUGGCCUACUCAAGAAAAAUGUCAAGAAGCAUAUUUAUGCCGACGCUGUAUCUCCUGGCUUUGUUAUUCCUGGACACGCCGAUUUCAUUCCGAAGACAGCUGCAGUGGUACAUACUCGGAGCCUUGCGUUUCUCCAAAUGCACCUCGGCGAGAUCUUUGACCUGGAGGAUUUCUAG